AUGGGUGCUGAGGAGAAGGUGCUGGUCACAUUGUCAGGGGGAGCCCCCUGGGGCUUCCGACUUCACGGGGGGGCCGAGCAGAGGAAACCUUUACAGGUGUCCAAGAUCCGAAGACGGAGCCAGGCUGGCAGAGCAGGACUCCGAGAGAGGGACCAGCUUUUGGCCAUCAAUGGGGUCUCCUGCACCAGCCUCUCUCAUGCCAGUGCCAUGAGCCUCAUUGAUGCCUCAGGGAAUCAGCUGGUCCUCACCGUGCGGCGGGUAGAGGAUGAGGGGCCUGUGCGGUCUCCAUCCCCUGGUGAGCUUCAAGUGUUGUCACCCUUAUCUCCACUGAGUCCUGAGCCCCCUGGCGCUCCAGUUCCCCAGCCUCUUCAGCCCGGGAGCCUCCUCUCACCCCCUGACAGUGAGGCUUACUACGGAGAGACAGACAGUGAUGCCGAUGGCCCUGCCACCCAGGAGAAGCCCCGCCGACCCCGCCGCAGAGGUCCCACGAGGCCCUCCCCUCCAGGAGCCCUGCCUGAUGAGGUCUACCUAUCCGACAGCCCUGCAGAGCCAGCACCUGCCGUCGCUGGUCCUCCUGGUCAGGUUGACAGCCGUGUGAGCUCCCCAGCUUGGGAGGAUGGGGCAACCCUUCAGCCACCCCCAGCUGAGGCCCUGCUGUUGCCCCACGGCCCCCUCCGGCCUGGCCCUAAUCUCAUCCCUAUGGUGGGGCCUGUUCCCCACCCGGUGGCAGAAGACCUCACUACCACCUACACCCAGAAGGCCAAGCAAGCCAAACUGCAACGGGCAGAGAGCCUCCAAGAGAAGAGUGUGAAGGAGGCCAAGACCAAAUGCCGGACGAUUGCAUCCCUACUAACUGCAGCCCCCAAUCCCCACUCCAAGGGGGUGCUUAUGUUUAAGAAACGACGGCAGAGAGCCAAGAAGUACACCCUAGUGAGCUUCGGGGCUGCAGCUGGGACAGGCGCUGAGGAAGAAGACGGGGUCCCUCCCACGAGCGAGUCCGAGCUGGACGAGGAGACCUUCUCCGACGCCCGCAGCCUCACCAACCAGUGCGACUGGGACAGCCCCUAUCUGGACAUGGAGCUGGCCAGGCCAGGCUCAGCUGCAGCAGAGGGCCAGGGCGGGCAGCUGAGUGAGGCCUCGGGCAGAGGGGCCCAGCUCUUUGAACAGCAGCGCCAGCGCACAGCCUCCAACACCCAGGAGCUGGCCCGGGAUGGUCCAGCAGCCAUGCUCAAUGGGCAGGGCCUGCAGUCACCACCUCGGGCCCAGAGUGCUCCUCCGGAGGCGGCUAUGCUCCCACCCAGCCCUUCGCCAGCCCCUGUAGCCAGCCCCAGUCCCUUCGUCUCAGGCUGUGGAGCCCCAACCCCAGCUCCAAACAUCUUUAACCGGUCAGCCAGGCCCUUCACCCCAGGCUUACAAGGGCAGCGGCCAGGUACCACUUCGGUGAUUUUCCGGCCGCUAGCUCCCAAGAGGGCGAAUGAAAGCCUGGGAGGCCUCAGCCCCGCCCCACCGCCCUUCCUGUCCCCUCCACAGGGGCCCACCCCUCUGCCCAGCCACGUGCCAGCCUCCGGUUCCCCCAGCACUCCACGCUCCUCGGGCCCCGUGACAGCCACAAGUUCCCUGUACAUCCCAGCUCCCAAUCGUCCUGUAACGCCAGGAGGAACCCCAGAGCCUCCCGCUCCCCCUAGCGCCGCUGCCAUGACCUCCACCGCUUCUAUCUUCCUAUCGGCACCUCUGCGACCCUCUGCGCGCCCAGAGGCUCCCGCCCCAGGCCCCGGGGCACCUGAGCCCCCCAGCGCUCGGGAGCAGCGCAUCUCCGUGCCCGCUGCCCGCACUGGCAUCCUCCAGGAGGCCCGGCGACGGGGAACCCGGAAGCAGAUGUUCCGGCCGGGAAAGGAGGAGACGAAGAACUCGCCCAACCCCGAGCUGCUAUCGUUGGUGCAGAACCUGGAUGAAAAACCCCGGGCCGGGGGAGCGGAAUCUGGUCCAGAGGAGGAUGCUCUGAGCCUCGGGGCUGAAGCCUGCAACUUCAUGCAGCCACCAGGGGGCAGGAGUUACAAGACUCGGUCUCACGUGACACCUAAAACCCCGCCUCCAAUGUCUCCCAAGACCCCGCCCCCAAUGCCUCCUAAGACUCCACCCCCGGUGGCUCCUAAGCCCCCAUCUCGAGGGUUCCUUGAUGGGCUAGUGAAUGGGGCAGCCCCUUCGGCUGGAAUCCCUGAGCCAGCAAGGCUUCAGGGCAGGGGUGGGGAGCUGUUUGCCAAGCGGCAGAGCCGAGCAGACAGGUAUGUGGUGGAAGCUACACCUAGUCCUGGCCUUGGCCUUGGCCCUCGGCCCAGAAGCCCUUCCCCUACACCCUCACUGCCCCCUUCCUGGAAAUAUUCACCCAACAUUCGUGCCCCACCUCCUAUUGCUUACAACCCACUGCUCUCACCCUUUUUCCCCCAGGCUGCUCGAACGCUCCCUAAUAAGGCCCAAUCCCAGGGUCCUCGGGCAACCCCCAAGCAGGGUAUCAAGGCUCUGGAUUUCAUGCGGCACCAGCCCUACCAACUUAAAACUGCCAUGUUCUGUUUCGAUGAGGUUCCCCAGACUCCUGGCCCCACUUCCUUAGGGCCCCGCAAAACUGCCCGAGUCCAGGAGAUCCGCCGAUUUUCCACUCCAGCACCCCAGCCCACUGCAGAACCCCUGGGCCCCACUGUGCUUGCCCCACGAGCAGCCACUACAUUGGAUGAGCCCAUCUGGAGGACAGAGCUGGCCUCAACCCCUGUCCUUAGCCCAGCCCCUCCUCCAGAGUCUCCUAGGGGUCUCGGAACUUCCCCCAGCUCCUGUGGCUUCCAGGUAGCCAGGCCCCGGUUCUCAGCCACCAGAACUGGAUUGCAGGCUCAUGUGUGGAGGCCGGGGGCAGGCCACCACUGA